AUUCAACGGUUAUUAUUUAAUGUUAAUACAAAUUAAUUCAUUAUCCAACAAAAACAUGUUAAACUCAAAGUGUUAUAUACCAAGAUAGAAAAUUACACGAAAGCGACGUUAAACGAAUAAUUUCCUACAUUGAUUUCCCGCCAUCGCAAACUUUUGAAACUUUCGCCGAUCAACAAUGUUAUCAUCGAAUGAUUUAGAGAGGCUAAUUGCAGAGAAGAGACAUGACAUAGAGAGGGAGAAAAUUGAUUUGGGCUUAUCAAGAUCACUAGAUAAUAAUGUAGAAGAAAACAAAGAAUAUAACAACAGUAAGAAAGUUCAGAUCUCAAAACAAGUGUCACAUAAUAAUUAUGUGAAACCAGAUGAUAGUUUACAGAAGGAAACAAUUUCACUUGAAGAAGAUAUACCUGCUGAUUUAGAAAGAUAUAUACGCCGUUGUACGGGGCUUCCAGUGAUGUUGAAGGCAGGCGAGUACUCCCCCAACAACCCGCUGGUGCGCGGCGAGCGGGCGGGCGCGGGCGAUGUGAUGCUCGGCCUUGGUGAAUAUGAACGCAGACGGAAUACAUUGCGGAGGAUACGUCAACAGCAGUAUAGAGAGUAUUUGGACCAGCAAGCAAAAUUAAAACAAGAGGCUAAAGAGAAAGCGGAGCGUGAACGUCGCGAGAGAGAGGAGAAGGAGAGAGCGAGAGAAGAAGAGAGAGAACGAGAGAGAAGAGAGAUAGAAAUACCCAGUCCUGUGAGAAGAAGAGCGAGUUUGAACUACGGACAUGAUGUAUCCAGUGGUAGCAAUAAUACUUAUAUCACCAAGGUGGACACGGGAGUGCAGGUGGAGAGCGUGACACGGCCUCUGUCAGUCGCCGUGCAGACUGACGACGUGGACCUCUACCCGGUGCCACUGGUACAUCAGAAGUUAACACAAGCGGAGAGAGAGCUGUCUCCCCGAGUGGCAGGGGAGCAGACACACAAGUGGACAGAGGACUGGACGCAGUGGAAGGAGAGGAGAAGGAGCUAUGGUGAUUUUGAUGAUCAUAUAAGAAGUGGAGUGAGGAAGAGUAAGAAGGAGAAGUUAGGAGAUAUGCGACACUCCUACAUGCCUUCAAUAUUUGAUGCUGAUGCUAUACAACUGCGCAACUUGCAGGCUGAGAAGGAAGCUGCCGCUCGGCGUCAGUUCUACCAGCAGGAGUUGAAGAACCAGAUCAUGGAGCAGCAGAGGAUACGAGAGGAGAGGAAGACAAGAGAAAAGAUGUUGGAAGAAGCAGAGAUGCGUCGCCUGGAGGAGCAGCUGCGAGCGCUCAAGUCUGCUCAGACACAUGAGACGUACAGACAGAUACAACACAACGAAUAUAUGAAAGAACAUUCAUCGGAAUAUGAGAAGAAAAGAGCCAUGCUCCAGAAUGAGAUAGAGAAGGAGAAGAGAACUCUCCUCAGAUCUACGUCACACAAACCUGUCAGCAGUGUGUCACGUGACAUCACACAAACCUCACACAGCGACAAUAUUUCCAAACUACCAUUUUACUAUCAAAAUAAAACAAAUAAACCUCCAUAUUCAAUUAAUAUUCCGGAAAAUUCAAUAUUUUCACAAAACUACGACAUCGAAAGUUAUUUAAGAAAAAAUCUAAAUCCAAGUCGAGAAAGUCUCAUUUCAAAUAACUUGAGAGAAUUAAGAGCUGAAAAUACACAACAUAUAAUCAAAGACAACAAAAAUACUAAAGACAAUUUCACAGAACAAUAUUCAAGAGAUGAUUACACAGAAAAUAAAAAUACCCGAGAAAAAUACACAGUAAAUAAAAAUACACGAGAAUCUUACACAGAUAAUAAAAACAACAAUGUUAUAAUCGAAAAAGCUUUAAUCCAUACACAACCUAAACGUAACAAAGAGGAUACUUUACCAAUACCAGUAUUAAAACAUUCACCAAUAAAAAUAUCAAAUGAUAUUAACCAAAAUACAGAAUUAAGCAAAGAAAUGCAAAUUGUAGACGACAAAUGGAAAAUUCCCGCCGUACAAAAGAAUAUAUUAAAAACAUUACCAAAAGAAGAUGGUAAAAAUAUUAAUAUAUUAACACAAUUAGGUUCAAUAAGACGACAGUUACAACUGGAACAACUUAAACUUGAUAAUAUGAUUGCGAAGGAUGAUGAUGUCUGACUAUUCUGUUGUUUGGGUCAUUUCAAUGUGUAAAAAACAAAGAUAUAUAACCUAUGGAUCAAUCCGAGGCAAAUACUGGGGCAAAAAAUGAGGCAAAAAAGACUGUAGGAGGCAAUUUUUGGGGCAAAUUUCCUCAUUUUGGUUCCAGAGAUGUCAAAAUUGUAUCUAUAGGUUAUAUAUCUAUGGGUAAGAUGUUAAAAGAUUGGAAAGGAUUUGCUGGUCAAAGUACAAAAUGGCGUUUUUUUUUCUAUUUUACAGAUUAAUAAGACAGUAAAUUAAUUAAAUAUUCAUUUUUGAAGUCAAUUAUGUGAAAAAUUACACAAAUAUUAUUUAUUAUGGUUUUAAAUAAGUCUAAAUAGCGAUUUAAAAGCUUUAUUGUGUUUAAAAAAUGUUUAAUUUUGUUUUAAAACUGAUAUUGAAGAGAAAUGUAACGUCCAGUAUGAAAAUGUAUGACAGAUGAAGAUGAAAUGGCGCAAAUAAUAAAAAAAAUAUUCCUUCCAAAUAUUGGCCUAAAUUGCUUCUAGGAUUUAAAUAGUAAAAAUUAGUGGCUUGAAAAUGUUGCCUUAUUAAAAAAAUAAUAAUUUUAG